UUCAACCCGGAAGUGAGAUGGUCGUCGACUCGAAGGUGGCGUCUCCCACUUCUCCGCUCUUCCACGGCGCAGAGCCAGAGAAACAGAACUCGAACACAUGAGCGACAACGACGCGAUGCCACGCCGACACUGUGAAAUGUCUGUCUACUGAAGAAGAAUGAAUCACCUGGCUCUUUGAAGGGCGAGCGGGAUGGACAUGUUCGGGGCCGACGGGGGCUCGUACACGGACAAUCUCAUCGGGACGUUGCUCGCUAUUUUUGGAAACGUGCUCGUCAGUGUCUCCUUGUGUAUUCAGAAGUACAGCCAUGUGACACUAGCUGGAACCAAGGACCCGCGGGCCUUCUACAGCGCUAAGACCUGGUGGUGUGGUUUUGUGCUCACCUGUCUCGGGGAGGGAGCAAACUUUGUCUCGUAUGCCUUUGCCCCCCUCGCUCUCAUAGCACCUCUUAACGCUGUGUCAGUUCUGACAAGCUUCAUUUUGGGCUUUAUUUUUCUGCGCGAGAAAUCUAAGCCGAGCGACUUUGCAAAGCGUUAUGGGCUUUCCUUCCUGGGCUCCGUCUUAACCAUAGGAGGAACGUACCUCUUUGUAGCAUUUGGACCAAACUCUCAUGAGAAACUCAAGGCAGAGAACAUCGUGACGCACCUCGUCGGAUGGCCUGUUCUCUUGUAUCUGCUGCUGGAGGUGAUCAUGUUCUCCCUGCUUUUAUACUUCUACAAUCAGCGCAGCGCUCAAUAUAUCGUCGUCAUUCUGCUGCUGGUCGCCCUGCUGGGCUCCGUCACGGUCAUCACAGUGAAGGCGGUGUCGGGCAUGUUGGUACUCACCACCGAGGGCAGCAUGCAGCUCGACGACCCGAUCUUCAGUGUCAUGUUUGUGUGCAUGGUGGCUUCAGUGGCCUUCCAGGCCAGAUUUCUCUCCCAAGCGUGUAAGCUGUACGACUCCUCUCUGGUUGCCAGUGUCAACUACAUCCUCUCCACCUCCUUUGCUAUUGUAGCUGGAGCUGUGUUUUACUUGGAGUUUAACAAAGAAGAUGUCCUUCACAUCUGCAUGUUUUUCUUGGGAACUGCAUUGUGUUUCCUGGGGGUUUUCCUCAUCACCAAAAACAGGAGACGGACCAAGACCUUUGAGCCGUAUGUCACUAUGGAUAUGACCAAUGGUGUCCCGACCAUUCAUGACAAGGGCCUGGUGGUGCAGUCAGAGUUCAGUGGCUCUUUCUCUUAUGGGGCUCUGGUCAACAACGACGGAGUGGCCCCGGCAACUCUACCAGUCGGCAACCAAGAACAACCGUCGGUCGGCUCCACUGAGGCGUCUAGCAACCUGCCUGACCUGAAGACAGAUUAGAACCAAAGAUUUCCUCCGUUGGUUUUUUUCAUUCCCUUUUACUGCAUCCAGCUAUAAGUAACAUUCAAGGACCUUGAAAGACCAAGUGGGUUACAGUCAGGUCUUUUCACACAUGAAGGAGACCAGCGUCCGCUACAGUCGGAGGUGUCUACUGGGUGUUUUUAAUGUUCCCUUGUCAAAUUGCACUCCUCCCCACGUUCUUUCCUCUUUGAAAUGUCUAAAAACCAAACCGUGACCUUGAGAAGAUUUCUUUUUUUUUGAAGAUAUCAACUGUAUUCAUUCCAAAAAUGAACAGAAGAAAACUUAAAGCUUCUUUGUGUUUUUGUGAAUUCACCAUGAAGUGUACUGCCUCAUGCUGCAUGUCAGCUGCACUAAAGACUGUUCCACGACUGCUAAGUCAGGUUCAUUCUCAUUUGCUCAGUAAUGGGAACUGACUGGAGGAACCUACAAGUAAUCUGUUCUUCCAUUGAGGAUUGUAAAGUUACUCUCUGACUUCCAGGUUCCAGCAGUGUUGAAAUGUAGCUACAGACUUUACAAUAAUUUGCCAAUGAACAUUUUGACUUCUAAUGACUGCCUCUACCAGUCUAUCUUAUGUGAGCGGCUUUCACUCCACAGUUUCUUGUUCAUGGGGUAUAAUUGUAUUUAUGUUUUGUGACCAAACAAUGGGUGCAAUUGUUUUAAUUUAUUGUAUUUAUUAUUUUUUCUUUUAACGUGCCUUUGAAAGUAGCUUUACACUGGAUAAAUUACUGUAAGGUGGUAAAUAACAUAAACCAUGUAGGUAAGUUAUUCUAAGGCAACUAUAACCUGUCAGUGCCUGUCAGAAUAAAAAUAUUAAUCUGAAUCCUCUGAAAAGUAAAGAGGAAGUUUUGGACAACUCAAAAAGAAAGGAAAUGAAGUAGAAAAAAAGCUUUGUGAAAUUACUUGUGGUAUUCAACUAGUUUAACAACUUAGUUUGCAAAAGUGUUCUACUUACAAAGGUACAUUUUAACUUUUAUUUUUGGAAGUUAAAUAUUCCUCAUGACAUUUAGAAAUAAAAAUCAAAGUAUGUAGCUAA